GCCGACCGUGAUCGAGCGCGUCAAGAACCGAGCUUUCGAAUACGGACUCAAGCUCUUUGCUUUAAUCCGGAACUCGAUGGAAAUUACGCGAUGGCUAACUUUACGCGCUAUGUAGAUCCGAUUUACGACAUACGCAAGUUGCUACUUUUUGAUGGAGUCUUGUAAAUCUUAGAUGAUAUAGUCAAAAUAAACUUAAUUUAGAUAAAUUUGUUAAAUUAAUAUAAUAUGUAUCUAAAUGUUUUACUGUUAAAUAAUUAGAGAAAAGUCAUAGCUUCAUAUCGGUGUUAAAUAAUAUUUAAGAACUUGCAAUAAAAACGUCCAUUAGAACACAGUUUUGCAAAUAAAAAACUAUUGGGUGAGCUGAAAUAAGUACUCGACCUAACUUUUCUUGGUGGUGAUAAUACAAGUGUAAUUAUUAAUAGUGAGUGUGUGAUAAUUCAAAUGAUGAAGGAUUAACUUAUGAAAAUGCUGCUGAUAAUGUGGUUGCUCAAUGCAGUCUUGAUUUUUUUUACAACUUCUGUUUAUGGUUACAAUGGGAUUCACGGCAUCGAAGAGGGUGGAAUCCAAAGCAACGAACUCGACAAACCAAUUCCUAUGGAAGAAGCGCACGGUGUUCUUGGAAAAAAGAAAGGACUACCAUGCAACAUAAUACCAAGAGACCGACAGGAUGCUGUGGCAAUGGUCUUGUGGUUUAAAGAAAGCAUUGGAGAACCGUUGUACAGUUUCGAUGUUAGAGGCAGAACAUUCAAAGAUGCGAAACUGUGGUCUUCGCCUACCGUAUUUGGCAACAGAGCAUUUUUUCGAGCAUCCACCAAUCCUGCCACACUUGUGAUUGAUAAUAUUCAACAAGCCGACGAGGGUGUUUAUCGAUGUCGCGUCGAUUUUAAAAAUUCCCCAACUAGAAAUAGCAAAGUUAACUUUACUGUGAUUGUACCCCCAGAGAAAAUACAUAUUUAUGACGACAAAAGAAUAGAUAAAUCCGUACUUUUGGGUCCAUACAAUGAAGGCUCGGAUGUCAGCCUUUUGUGUGAAGUUAGAGGCGGUCGACCCCGACCCCGUGUUAUAUGGUUUCUCGAAAAUACCGUAAUUGACGACUCGUUUGAGAACCGUUCUGACGGAGUGGUCGUCAAUCACCUGACGUUCCCGAACGUGGGACGCCAACAUUUGCAUGCAAGACUGAUCUGCCAGGCGACCAACAACAACAUCGUGCCGCCCGAGACGAAGGCCGUAGUCCUGGACAUUAAUUUAAAACCCCAAAGUGUGAGCAUACUGACUAAGGAAAAACACGUCUCGGCCGACAAACGCUACGAGGUUGAGUGCCGAACUUCGGGCUCCAGGCCGGACGCAGUUAUUACUUGGUGGAAGGGCAGUCGUCCUGUCAAACGGCUGGCAAAAAACUUCUCCGAGCAAAAUAAUCAAAGCCUGAGUAUACUUAACUUUGUACCUGUGAUCGAUGAUGAUGGAAAAUAUUUAACGUGCCGAGCCGAAAAUCCAACAAUACCCGAUAGCGCGUUGGAAGAUAAAUGGAGGCUGAAUGUUCACUAUGUUCCCGUUGUCACAUUAAAAAUGGGCUCAACCCUGAACCCCGAAGACAUAAAGGAAGGCGACGAUGUUUACUUUGAAUGCAACAUUAGGGCUAAUCCCAAAGCGUACAAACUUUCUUGGUUCCACAAUAAUGCGGAAAUAUUCCAGAACGUUACAGGAGGAAUAAUUCUCAGUGACCAAAGCUUGGUUCUACAAAAUGUGAUACGAUCUACGGCUGGUGAAUACACUUGUAUAGCUGCCAACUCUGAAGGAAGAGGAUCCAGCAAUCCAGUGAAACUUAUUGUUAAAUACGCGCCCGUGUGCAUCCAGGAACGCGAGGAAGUAUACGGGGCACUCAAGCAAGAGACCGUGACGUUGCGAUGUCGAGUGGACGCCAACCCGCCAGUAGCCGCAUUUCAUUGGACCUUUAAUAACAGCGGCGAUCAAACUGACGUGUCCUCUGAAAAAUAUACAAAUGAGGUAACCUCAUCUCGACUAAACUAUACUCCAAACACAGACCUCGAGUAUGGUACGCUACUCUGCUAUGGAGAAAACGAAAUCGGCAAACAAAAGGAACCUUGUGUAUUUCAAGUUGUUAUUGCGGGACGGCCGUCUCAGUUACAAAAUUGCAGCAUCCUUAAUCAGACAACCAAUUCAUUACAAGUGGAAUGUGUGGAAGGAUACGACGGAGGCCUAACUCAGAGCUUUGAAAUGGAAGUUUUUGAGUUGCCUAGCUUAAAGUCUCGAUUCAACUUGACGACAUAUAAAGCGCCCAUCUUUGUUGCUGACGGCUUAGAUCCGGGAACUAGUUACCGGAUAAUGCUGUAUGCUGUGAACAAAAAGGGCCGAAGCGACGCGACAUUGAUUGAUCCCGUAACUUUCAAAGGAGUUGCCAAAUUACAAGGUUCGACUGCUAGUAUGUCGAUAAGUCCGUUAAUUAUGGGCUUAUUGGGGACUGCAGGAAUUUUAGCAAUGAUAGUAUGUCUAGUGCUGGUGGCUCUUUGUAGGAAGCAUUAUGCAAGACCCUGUCACAGGCCGGACGCAAACAGUACAAAACACGUACCGAUGGAAGCUGUUAUUAAUGCUGAUGAUCUUAUAGUUGAUGGAUCUAUAACUGGAGUACGUACCCCAAAUAGUUCAAUCGAGCACACGAUUACAGCCGAAGCCAUUCGGAAUGGAAAUACUAUUGAAGCUACAGAUCCUGAUAUUAUUCGUAAUCAAUAUGAACGGAGGCCUCUACAUGGCUUUAUGAAAGUAUACGAAUACGAACCUCCUGGUUGUCGAGAAGAUGAUGAUCAGGAAGACGAAGGCGAAGGAUACGCCUUUAAACAUGUUGCCAAAGAAAUACAUGCACCUAACCAAACAAUAUACCGUAGUCUUCAAAGGCCUAAUCGGAUGAGCCCGAAUAAUCCUGUGCUGAUCACGGGAUCCCAAACGCUGACGCACAAAUACAGAGGGCCUGAAGUGGUUACCACUUCGAAUCGAAUACAGGAAAGUUGCAUAUAAGUUAAAUGUGUCCUGAAUGUUUUUAUCAUUGUAAUAUACUAAUGUAUUU